AUGCUAGCAAUUGUCGCGAUUUUACUGAUUUUCGGUUUCGUAGUAGGCCAGAAGUGGAAAAAUGCGGCGGCGAAGAAAGGCGAGAUUUUGAGGCAGGUGGCUAUGGCCUCGAAAGAAGAUGCGGAAAUUGCCAAAAUCCAAGUAGUUGAAGCAUGUAAUUCGCCGCCUACGUUUCCACAGGUCGAAAGGCCGGUUCCACAAGUUGAAAAUAGGUAUUACUGUGCUGUCUGCUAUUGCCCCACCACUACUCGGUGCUCUCAGUGCAAAGCAGUUAGAUACUGUUCUGGUAAGUGUCAAAUAAUUCACUGGAGACAAGGUCAUAAGGAUGAAUGUCGGUCAAGAGUUAUGAUGCAUGCUAGCAAGGAAGAUGAAUGCGGAGUGGAAUCAGCUUCAGAGAAUCAGUUUGAUAUGCAUGCAAAAGAUCCAGUUAAAGUCUGCUCAGAUUCCACAGAGUUGCUUACUGAUUCUGGUUCUGCAAGUACCUCAUUGCCUUUCUCCUCUUCUUCGACAAAUCAAAGUGAAACGUCGUUUGAUGCUUCCAUUAGCGAGGUUCUCCAGACAGGAACGCCGAUCAGGUCAGCUAACGAGACUUCUGAAAGUAUUAAUUCGGACAUGUAUCGGACUACCUCGGUUUCUGACCAUGCAGAGUUUUCUAGCCCACCCACUUUGAAUUCUACUGUUUAUUCUGUAAACAACAACCCCAGUGCUACAAGGAUCAGAAAGAUGCCAGCUAAUAAAAUUGAUGAAGGCUUCCAUUCUACAAGCUUCAAAGAUAAAAGAACCGAUGAUGUUGCUGCUUCAGAAGAAUUUCUCUCAGGUGCAACUGAGUCGAGGAAUUUGCAACACUCUAGUUAUUUAAGGACAUCUUCUUCAGCUGGACAUUGGGAAAAUGAAGCAAACCUAUCCAGUAGUAAAGAAAUGAGGUCUAAGUUUUUGAGGGGUUCUGGCAAUAAUCAAAUAUCACCUUUAGAGAUGAAGAGGUCACAAAGGAUGUCGUCUUCAGGUGGACAUUGGAAAAAUGAAGCACGACUAAGCAAUGCUACUGAGAGGAGGGUGUCUUUUACGGAUUCAGGUGAUUAUCAAAAGAUCUCAAGAACCGAGAGUCAUCAUCCUUCGCCUUCGGAAGUUGAAGGCGCCCGAAUGUCGUCUCAACCUGCUCACAAAGGUUUGAAAACAUCAAUGUGGAAUUUCGUACAGCAGCAUUUUAGAGUGCCAAAUCAGUCAAAAUCCUACACAGUUGGCAACUGGAAGGACUCUAGAGGAAAUAAUAACCAGAAGGCCAUAUUUUCACCGCAGCUGUUCACGCAAUUGUACUUUUAUGAUGUGGAACUUCACCCUUUUGGCCUUGUGAACUGUGGAAACAGCUGCUACGCGAAUGCUGUGCUUCAGUGUCUGGCUUUUACUCGGCCAAUUUCUUCUUAUCUUCUUCAAGGGUUCCACUCGAAAACAUGUUGCAAGAAGGAUUGGUGCUUCAUUUGUGAGUUCGAAGGUCUGAUACUAGAGGGACAGGAACUGAGAUCUCCUUUAUCUCCAAUUAGGAUACUGUCUCAAUUACAAAAGAUUGGAAGUCAUCUUAGUCACGGAAGAGAAGAAGAUGCCCACGAGUUUUUGAGAUAUACGGUAGAUGCAAUGCAAUCUAUAUGCCUCGAAGAAGCUGGGGUUAUUGGCCCAUUGGCAGAAGAUUCAACACUUGUAGGUCUGACUUUUGGGGGUUAUCUUCGAUCCAAGAUUAAGUGCAUGAAGUGUUCAGGGAGAUUUGAGCAGUAUGACCGACUUAUGGAUCUUACCGUGGAGAUAGAUGGGGAUAUUGGUUCUCUUGAAGAGGCUCUUGCACAAUUCACAGCAUCUGAAACGCUUGGUGGAGAUGAUAAGUACAAGUGCAGCAGAUGUAAAUCUUACGAGAAAGCUAAGAAGCAGUUGACUGUACUCGAGGCUCCUAACAUUCUUACAAUUGUUCUGAAGAGAUUUCGGUCAGGAAACCUAGGAAAACUAAAGAAGCUCAUCCAGUUUCCGGAGGUUUUGAACCUUGCUCCAUUUAUGAGUGGAACAAGUGACAAAUGCCCUAUGUAUAGUCUCUUUGCAGUGGUUGUUCACUUGGAUAUGAUGAAUGCUGCAUACAGUGGUCACUACAUAAGUUAUAUUAAAAGUUUCCAGGGAGAUUGGUUUAGAAUUGAUGACAGCAGGGUAAUCCCUGUGGACCUAGAGACUGUGCUAUCUGAAGAGGCAUACAUUCUUCUCUAUGCAAGGCACACUCCCCGUGGUCUAUCUUUGGUGAGGAACGGGAGUGUGUAUUCUGAUGGUAAAACAAAAAGGGACAUGGAAGCCAUUUCUUCAAGUAACAGUGGAAAGAAAAGAAACUCGAAGACAAAAUCUGAGACGUUGCAUCUUUGGCCUGAAAGACACCAUUAUCCCAAUGAUUUCACUGACGACCAUAUAUUGGAUUCUGAUGGCUGGAGAUAUCGCUCAAUGCAAGGAAAUCAUAUUGUGGAUUCAUUAAGUGAUAGUUCUUCCAUUUUCAGCAUAUCAGAUACUAGUUCCAGUACAGAUAGCACCAAGGAUGCUAGCGCAGAGGACCUAUCUGACUAUUUAUUUGGGUCUGGCUCUUAUCGUCCAUAA